AUGGGGACGCUAAACUGCGCUGUUGACAUGAGCUCCGGCACGAAGCAGCUACAGCACCAGCCAGCAGCGCCGACUUCGCCCACCGCCUCCUUCUCGGAGUCGAACAUCGUCGCCUCGUCCGCCGACCCCGACGCCAUCGACGCCCUAGCGGGCCUGCAAGCGCUGAGGUUCGAUGGAGACAUCGACGGCGAGAUCCAGUCGCCUGACCUCGCCAUGUGGGAGUCGCUCUUCGCCGACCAGAUCGGCGCCGGCGCCGCCUCGGGCGCCGACUUCUUGAUGUCCUCCCCAAGGAGGGACUUCAGCCCUCUGAGGGACUUCAUGGCGUCUUCUCCCAAGAGGGACUACAUGGUGUCUUCUCCCAAGAGAGACUACAUGAUGUCUUCCCCCAAGCGGGACUACAUGGUAUCCUCCCCUAAGAGAGAGAUGGUGGCUUCCCCGAGGAGAACCUUCUCCAACCUCUACAACAACAGCACCAGCAAUCAGAGCUACAUGCAUGGCACCUUGCACGGCAUGGACACGGGGAGCCCCAGCAAUCUCGCCGGCUACGGCAAGGGGAAGUCGUCGCAGAGCCCGCUCCACAAGGGAUUCGUCAACAACGCCCACAGCAACAGCAGCAAGAGCAACCUCUCCUGCUCCUCGUCCUACGUUAACAGCAGCGAGAACCUUGCUCUGCCAUCCUUGAACUCCUCCUUCCUGGAGGACGGGUACCUGGCGUACCAGCUGCCGCCGGAGAAGGAUGCCGGCGGCUCCUCCUCUGCCGGCACCAGUGCCACGCAGCUGCCGACGCUGUCCGAGUGCCUGGCGAUGCCGGAGCCGGUGUACGGGGCCAGGGACGAGGCGGCGGUCGGCAGAGGGAUUCCGGUGGGAGGCUUGCAGCCUGAUCACCUCUACUACGCCAGCCAGUUCGGAGCUGCAGAUGGCUUGCCGUUGCAGCACCAAAUGGCAAAGCCUGACCAGUGGGCAGAUUCUUCCUCCUUGCACAGCAUGUUGGGGUCAGUAAUACAGUCAGAUCAGGCUGAGCAGUCUUUGAAUUUGGUACGCAGGCUGUCACAAUUGGCCAAAUGGUCGCAGUCCAUGCAUUCCGAGCAGGACAGCGGUCUUCAGCUGGUGCACCUGUUGCUGGCGUGCGCCGACUUCGUGUCCAAGGGCGACCAGCCCUCCGCCCUCCGCCACCUCCACCUCCUCCGCCGCGUCGCCUCGCCGCUCGGCGACUCCAUGCAGCGUGUCGCCUCCUAUUUCGCCGACGCCCUCGCCACUCGCCUCUCGGUCUCCUCCGGCACCGCCAUCUCCCCGCGCGGCGCAGGCGCCCCCUACCCCUUCCCGCCGUCGCCUGAUACCCUAAAGAUUUACCAGAUCCUCUACCAGGCAUGCCCUUACAUCAAGUUCGCCCACUUCACGGCCAACCAGGCCAUCUUCGAGGCCUUCCAUGGCGAGGACCGUGUCCACGUCGUCGACCUGGACAUCCUCCAGGGCUACCAGUGGCCGGCUUUCCUUCAGGCGCUCGCGGCACGGCCGGGUGGCCCGCCGACGCUAAGGCUGACGGGGGUUGGCCACCCGGCCACGGCUGUAAGGGAGACCGGGAGGCACCUUGCCUCCCUCGCCGCUUCGCUGCGUGUGCCGUUCGAGUUCCAUGCCGCCGUGGCGGACAAGCUGGAGAGGCUGCGCCCUGCCGCUCUGCAGCGCCGCGUCGGGGAGGCGCUGGCCGUGAACGCAGUGAACCGCAUGCACCGCGUCCCCGGCGCUCACCUCGGCCCGCUGCUGUCUAUGAUCCGUGACCAGGCUCCCAAGAUCAUGACGCUCGUGGAGCAGGAAGCUGGCCAUAACGGCCCAUACUUCUUGGGCAGGUUCCUGGAGGCACUGCACUACUAUUCGGCCAUCUUCGACUCACUGGACGCGACAUUUCCGGCAGACUCAGCGCCACGGAUGAAGGUCGAGCAAUGCCUGCUGGCUCCUGAGAUCCGCAAUGUGGUGGCGUGCGAAGGCGCCGAGCGGGUGGCACGACACGAGCGGCUAGACCGGUGGCGCCGCAUCAUGGAGGACCGUGGAUUUGAGGCCGUGCCGCUAAGCCCAGCGGCCGUCGGCCAGAGCCAAGUCCUUCUAGGACUUUACGGCGCCGGUGACGGAUACCGGCUCAACGAGGAAAAAGGGUGCCUCCUCCUCGGCUGGCAGGAUCGUGCCAUCAUCGGCGCAUCAGCGUGGCGGUGCUGA